AUGGACCGUCGCGUCACAAUUGCAUCCCAAGUCGCCAUCGCUGCCGUGGCUGGCUAUUGCAUCUACAAGGCAUUUAACGCUCGACAGCAACAAAAAUCCCUGAAGGAUGCCGUGCCCAAGUCUUCCGCUGCUCCGCUCACACCAGAGCAGAUCAAAAUAAUCAAGGCCACAGUCCCUGUUCUACAAGAAUAUGGAACCAAAAUCACCACUGCCUUCUACAAGAACAUGUUGACCGCGCAUCCUGAGUUGAAUGCUGUGUUCAACACUGCCAACCAGGUCAAUGGCCACCAAGCACGUGCGCUAGCUGGUGCACUGUUCGCAUAUGCAUCCCACAUCGACGACCUCGGGGCCCUCGGUCCUGCCGUUGAAUUAAUAUGCAACAAGCAUGCAUCUCUAUACAUCCAAGCUGACGAAUACAAGAUCGUUGGAAAGUACCUACUGGAAGCUAUGAAGGAGGUACUUGGAGAUGCCUGCACUGAUGAUAUUCUCGAUGCGUGGGGUGCCGCAUACUGGGCCCUGGCCGACAUCAUGAUCAACCGCGAAGCCGCACUCUACAAGCAAAGCCAGGGCUGGACCAACUGGCGCCAAUUCCGCAUUUCCAAGAAGGUGCCCGAGUCGGACGAGAUCACCUCGUUCUACUUGGAACCAGUCGACGGCAAGCCACUGCCGCCCUUCAGGCCAGGCCAGUAUAUCUCGGUGAGCGUCCAGGUUCCAGAGUUGAAGUACCCCCAAGCUCGUCAGUACUCGCUCAGUGAUACCCCUCGCUCGGAUUACUAUCGCAUCAGUGUCAAGAAGGAAACGGGGCUUGAUCCUCGUGCUCCGGGUGCUAAGAGACACCCCGGGUACGUCUCCAACGUUCUUCAUGACAUGAUCAAGGAGGGCGAUCUCAUCGAUGUUUCUCAUCCCUACGGAGACUUCUUCUUGUCCACAGCUGAAGCUACCCACCCGAUUGUUCUUCUGUCCGCGGGUGUCGGUAUGACGCCCAUAGAUGUCCAUCCUGAACACCAUCACUAAGAAAAAGCAACGCAAGAUCCACUUCAUUCAUGGAUCCCGUACCACCGAGGCUCGCGCUUUCAAGAGCCACGUUCAAAAACUGGAAAAGGAAAUCCCUAACAUGCAGGUGACCUAUUUCCUCAGCAGGCCAGGUGACAGUGACCAACUGGGUGUUGAUUACCACCACGCUGGACGAAUUGACCUCCAGAAACUCGAUGGACCAUCCCAUCUGUAUCUGGACAACCCUUCCACGGAAUACUAUAUUUGUGGUCCCGACACCUUUAUGACGCAGAUGGAGGAGGCUUUGAAGGCUUAUGGUGUGGGCGAUGACCGGAUAAAGAUGGAGUUGUUUGGUACAGGUGGUGUUCCUCAUAACUAG